UGAGUUGCGAAGGCGGGCGAGGAAGGGUAGCGCAGCGGUGGAAAGCGAGAGCUGGACCGGCGACGCGCAAUGCCCUGAUUGACGGGCGGCGGAGAAGGUGGAUGGUUGUGGCUUCGCCAGGCGAUUGAUGGUGGCGUGGAAGCCGGGCAGGGCGGACAAUGCAGGAUAGAACGGACUGAGAAGGAAGGGCGAACGGGAAGCUUUAAGGUGCGCUUAAGGGCACUGAGAUUCCCGCCGGAUUGAUUCCCUCUCUCCCGGGGUAAAUGAGCCUCUGAGCCUCGGAAGAAUCCUCGGAUGACCCAAGGACAAGCACCAAAGCGCAGAAAGCUCCAGUUUUCCGGCCAAAGAGAGAAAAGGCAUCAUUAAAAACCCGCACCUGGACAAAAAAGAACUUAGGUUUGAAGGAGGGGUUGAGCGAAUUAACUGGGUUCCAGAAAAGCGAAAGUGAUGGAAAGAUCAACCGGGGAGGGCUUGAAGGUUGAGAGUUAAAACUUGUUGAAAGUCCUAUCUUUAAAGGAAUAGUUUAUACUCAUUCAGCAAAAGAAAACCGCAGAAAAAUACAUGGCUUGGCUUGAAGAUUAUUGGAUGGGUGAAGAUUUGAGUUUAUUUCUUUGGGAGCAGAGAAAUGUCUCCAUCGGAAAGCACUUGGUGCCAAGAAUCUAAUAAAUUAGGGACUGUAAGUGUUUCUUUGCCUUUUUCCAAGAGUAGAAGACAGUCGCUUGGUUCAUCUGUUCUUUUAAAGCAAAAAAAAAAUAAAAUAGGAUUCAAACCAAUUUUCUGAGUGGUUAGAAAGGUAGAUUCUCCAUUAAGGAUCUUUUAAGGAUCAAACAUCCCAUGAGACUUUUUAUCUGUUACUUGUUGGAUUGUCUGCUGGGGGCUGUGCCAGGCCAAAUCUGAUAGCAGAACAAAAGAAGAACCCAGUACAGUCACAAACUGGAAGGGUGAGUUGAUAAAAUGACCGAUUUUUUUUUUCUAAUCCUCAGGGGGAAAAGAUAGGGCAGUCACUGAAGAUUUAAAAAGAAAAGCACCAGGAAGUGAUAAAGAGAGAGAGAAAAAAAACCAGUAAUCAAACUCAGGCUUGUUUACCCAGCCUGAAAUAAAUAUGGAAUAAAGAUUAUAUAUAUGAUAAAGGUUUCAGAACCACACCAAAUUGUUGGAACUGAAGAAGCCACCCAAUCAACUCGUGACAGUGGUGUGGUGCAUUUCAAAGCUAGGGUAUAUCUGAAAAUGGGGAGAGAAAUUGGACCCUUAGAAAGUGCCGUCUGCAGCAUUCUAGACUCCAUUUCCGAGGUUUGAGCUCCUGUUUCUCUCCAAUGAAGUUAGUCCCCCCUUGUGCCUGAAUAAUUCACUUUCUGGAUUGCUGUAUUGAUCCGAUUGAUUUCCUUUCUAAAUAAGGAUUUGGUGGGUUCUGCAUGAACCCAUGCAGGCCAAGAAAAAAUACCUGUUCGUGACUCUCUUGGCCACGUGGCUUCUGCUUGUUUUGUUUGGAGGAGACCAAAUAAGACACUUUGCCUUUUUCUCCAGCAAAAAAGCUGAAGUCUUAAAGACCUGGCCUCAUUGGGCCGAUGAGAUUCUUCUCAAGAACUUCGCAGAUUCUGAGGAGCUCCAGAGCAAUGAAAGGGGCCACGGGGAUGAAUCUCCCCAAAGCCGGCAGCAGUUGAAGCUGAGUGUUUACAAGAACAGCAGGUGCCGUAUGGAGACUUGCUUUGAUUUUUCUAAAUGUAGGGAACACGGGUUCAAAGUCUUCGUUUACCCCCCGGAAGGAGGGGAUCCUGUGUCCGAAAGUUACCUCAAAAUCAUCAGCUCCAUUGAAGAGUCCCGUUAUUACACCUCCAAUCCAGAGGAGGCCUGCCUGUUUGUUCUAAACAUCGACACGUUGGAUAGGGACCAUCUCUCCAUACAAUAUGUUCAUAACAUCAACGAGAAAAUCCAAGGUUUCCGGCUUUGGAAUGACGGACAAAACCACCUCAUAUUUAACCUGUAUUCUGGCACGUGGCCUAAUUACACUGAAGACUUGGGCUUUGACAUUGGACAGGCUAUCCUGGCCAAAGCCAGUUUUUAUGUCGAGAACUUUCGGCCUGGUUUUGAUAUCUCCAUCCCUUUGUUUUCGAAGGAACAUCCCCAGAAAGGUGGGGAAAGAGGCUGGUUAUACAAGACUUCUCUCCCACCCAAGAAAAAGUAUCUCUUGGUUUUUAAAGGGAAGAGAUACCUGACCGGCAUUGGUUCCGACACCCGGAAUGCUCUCCGCCACAUCCAUAAUGGGAAAGAUAUUAUUUCUCUGACCACAUGCAGACAUGGGAAAGACUGGGAGAAGCACAAGGACAAGCGAUGUGACAAAGAUAAUAUCGAGUAUGAAAAGUUUGAUUAUCAGGAGCUUUUGCACAACUCUACCUUUUGUGUCAUCCCCCGAGGGAGACGUUUGGGAUCCUUCCGGUUCCUAGAAGCUUUGCAGGCUGCGUGCAUCCCGGUCCUGCUCAGCAAUGGGUGGGAGCUGCCAUUUUCAGAAGUGAUUGAUUGGAGUAAAUCAUCCAUUGUUGGGGAUGAGCGGCUUCUUCUGCAGAUUCCAUCUACGGUCCGAUGUCUGAACAGUGACAAAAUCCUGGCCUUCCAACAGCAAACCCAGUUUUUAUGGGAAACUUAUUUUUCUUCUGUGGAGAAGAUUGUGCAAACCACUCUUGAGAUAAUAAAAGAUCGGAUAUUUCAUCAGGAAUCACGCCCAAAGUUCUUCUGGAACACCCUUCCUGGAGGGUUGGUGGCCUUACCAGAAUACUCCACUCACCUCAGCGGCUUCCCUUUCUAUUAUCUGCAGCAAGGAUCCAGCCCCUCCGAGAAGUUUACGGCGUUAAUCUGGGCCGUCUCACCAAUUACCUCCCUUUCUCAGCCCAUCCUCAAGCUCACUCAGGCUGUCUCCAGAUCCCAAUACUGCGCCAAGAUUUUAGUCUUAUGGAACUGUGAGAAGCCACCACCACAGAAAUGGCCGCCAACCACAGUUCCCUUGACUGUCAUUUUAAGCAGCAACAAGGUCAGCGAACGGUUUUUGCCUUAUUCUGCUAUUGGGACGGAUGCUGUAUUGAGCCUUGAUGAAUAUGCCAGCCUUUCAACCAGUGAGGUUGACUUUGCCUUUGUUGUAUGGAGAAAGUUCCCCGACCGGAUUGUAGGCUUCCCAAUGCGCAGCCAUUUUUGGGAUACGAGCAAGAACCAGUGGAGCUACACUUCAAAAUGGACCAACGAGUUCUCUAUGGUUCUCACUGCCGCGGCAUUCUACCACAGGUACUAUCACAGCCUCUUCAGCAACUAUUUGCCCGCUAAACUAAGGAGCUUUGUUGAUCGGAUUGCCAACUGUGAGGACAUAUUGAUGAACUUUUUGGUUUCUGCUGUAACCAAAUUGCCCCCCAUCAAAGUGACCCAGAAGAAACAUCUCAGGGAGAGCCCACCUCAGCAGCUCCUGAAAAGUGCAGCCCCAUCCAACAGCAGCCUGCAUUUCGCUCAACGCCAGGAGUGUGUCAAUCGCUUUGCUGCCUGGUUUGGCUACAUGCCUCUGGUGCAUUCGCAGUUCCGCUUGGACCCAGUGCUUUUCAAGGAUCAGGUCUCUGUGCUACGGAAAAAGUACCGGCAACUGGAGAGGGACUAGCUCCGGGGAGAAAGCCCACUGCUGCUCUCUGGGAAAGUGCUUGGAGAAGACGACACCAGCCAUGCUGGACUCACUGCUUGCUCUAGGCUAUUGGCGCUAUUGCCGGAUUUUGGGGUGGGUUCACUGCAUCCGAUGCCCUUCGAACUUUGGAUUUUAAAAAGUGGAAAGUCUCCCUGGUAGCCAGGGUGGUACCAGAGGAAUGUUCAGUCUUUAUUGGGUUUUACCAGUAUCAAUAAAGUUUUGCACAAAACAGCUCUUUCUUGAGUGCCUUGGGUAGCCAUCUCUUUUCAGAUCAGAGACAGAAAUAUUUACUGGCUUUGGUGUUUUGACACGGAUGGGGAAUAUUGUUUCAAAACCUGUAGGGCCUAAUCUACAUUGGCUUCUCCUGACCAUUAGCUAGAAUUGCAGGUGGUGAAAUCAAACAAAAGAUGUAUUUUCAAGUUGCUUGUUAUUUCCCUGCUUCUCAGCAGAGGCAGAAUUUUUUUUAAAAAAGAGUAAAACAUGAUGUCUUUUGGGAAGGUGAAACAAUCUGAAUAUGCUGAAAUCAUGGUGUCCUCAGGCCACCUUUUUUGUCCAAUAGUUGACCGAUGCAGGGAGGAAAAUCUUUCUUCAGGACCAUGCUGCUCUGUUAAAAGGGCAUGCUUCUCCUUGCCUUCUAAAACAGCGUUUCUCAAUCUCAGAACCUUUUAAGAUCUGUGGAUUUCAACUCCCAGAA